AUGUCAGAACCAUCAGCUCAAACAUUAUCCCCAAAUUCUUCAAAUGCUAGACAACAUCGUCGAAGAUCAUCUUCAAUCAUAUCUCAUGUUGAACCUGAAACUUUUGAAGAAAAAAUAGAUCAAGAAUCAACUCCAAAUUUAAAUGCAAACUGGGUCCAUUCAAAAGGUGCUUGGAUCAUUCAUAUUGUUAUAAUCUUAAUUUUGAAGUUAUUUUUCGAUUUAGUACCUGGUUUAUCAAAUGAAAUUAGCUGGUCAUUUACUAAUGCAACUUAUGUUAUUGGUUCUUAUAUCAUGUUUCAUUAUGUUAAAGGUACUCCUUUUGAUUUCAAUUCUGGUGCUUAUGAUAAUUUAACAAUGUGGGAACAAUUAGAUGAAGGUGAUUUCUACACUCCAAGUAAGAAAUUUCUUGUUGGUGUACCAAUAUGGUUAUUUUUAUGCUCAACACAUUAUAGUCAUUAUGAUUUGAAAUUAUUCAUCAUUAAUUUAUUGAUUUGUGCAGUUGGUGUUGUUCCAAAAUUACCAAUCUUUGACCGUUUAAGAAUAUCACUAUUCUGA